UCUGCCUCCCGGCCGCGUGUGGGCGCUGCUUCCGCUGGUGCUGCCGGGGCCGCUCUGGCCCCGCCGGGCGGAUACACGUGGUCCUGGCCCAUGUUCGCGGAGCAAGAGUGGGACGAUGGCUGCGAGGGCCCCGCCCGGGCUCUGUCGGGGCCCCGCGGCGCCCCCGAGGGCCCGGGCCGGCCGGGCCCCGCGGCGGGGAGGCGGAAGCGGCGGCGGCCGGGGGCUGACGGUGAGACCCCGCGGAGGCGGCCCGAGGCCGGGGAGCGGCGGCGGAGCGCGCAGCGGCCGGACACAGGUACCACCGCCCGCGGGGCAGCUCCUGGAGCGGGGCCGGGACCCGCAGACAGGGCCGGGGAGCGGCCGAGCGCGGAGCCCGCGAAACCGGCGCGGAAGCUGAGCCGGCGGCAGCGGCUGAAGCGGCGCCCGGAGGAGCAGGAGGAGCAGCAGCAGCAGCAGCUCCCUGCGGGCCCGGCGGCACCGGCAGCGGCGCCGCUGGGGCGGGCGGCGGCUCUGCGCGCCCGGAUGGAGGAGCGGCUGCUGGCCGCCCGGUUCCGGUACAUCAACCAGCAGCUCUACACGUCCAGCAGCCGGGAAGCGGCAAAGCUCUUCCGGGACGACCCCGAAGCCUUCCAGAUCUACCACCGCGGCUUCACGCAGCAAGUGGGCCGCUGGCCCGAGAACCCGGUGCAGCGCAUCGCGCACGCCCUGCGGCGGCGGCCAUCCUCGCUCGUGGUAGCGGAUUUCGGGUGCGGGGACUGCAAACUCGCCAAAAGCAUCAAGAACAAAGUUCACUCCUUUGACCUGGUGCCGCUCAGCCCAGAGGUCACCGUCUGCGACAUGGCCAAGGUGCCUUUGGCAGACAAGUCAGUGGACGUUGCAGUGUUCUGCCUGGCGCUGAUGGGCACCAACCUGCAGGAGAUCCUGGAGGAAGCCAACCGGGUGCUGAAGCUGGGGGGUACCCUGAUGGUGGCCGAGGUGGCCAGCCGCUUUGAGGAUAUGCGAGCCUUCAUGAGCGCAAUGGCUCAGCUGGGCUUCAAAAGCAUCUCCAAGGAACUGAAAGGCUUCAGCUCGCUGGAUGAUCUUCUCCUUGUCAAGGGCAUCACCACCCGCAUUUUGGAGCUCAACAGCCAGCGGAUGACUUGCAGGAGGAGACCAAGCAGUGAGGAAGAAGCGAGAGUGAGCCCUGGUCUGCAGGGGGACAAUAAAGCUCCUGUCCCCCAGGCAGGGGCUGAGGAGGAGGCAGAGGCUGCAGGCGCCUGGGAGCCGGAGCGCGCUGGGAGCACAGGGCCUGGGCUGGAGGCUGAUGGCUCCAGCAGACACCGGGCACCGGAGCCACUCAGCUCCACAGGCUGCGGGGAGCAGGAGGAGGACGAGGAGGAAGAGGAGGAGGAGGGGAGCUGCUACAGUGAGGAAGGGGAGGAUGGUGGCAACGUCUACUUCUAUUACACCAUUGGCGAGCGCUGGAUCGACUACCUGCAGCGGACGGAGGAUGGUGGCCUCCUCCGGCACGUGAGACCGAAGAUGAAGAGAAAGUCAGAGAACGGCCUCGAUGGCAGAGCCCUCUCCCCGGGCAAGAAGCUGCGCAAGGGCUCCGAGUACAGCAGGACACUGGGUCCCUGCACCCCCAGUCCCACCACCACCUUCGGGGACCUUCGCAAUGCCAAGGCAGGCCCAGCCCGGCGCCGCCGCAUCCCCUCGGUGCCCCCCCCGCCUGAGCUGCAGGACUGGCUCCGCACCUUCCAGCGGUGGAGUGGCCCAGAGAAGCUGCUUGCUCUGGAUGAGCUCAUUGACCGCUGCGAGCCCUCCCAGAUCAAGUACAUGAUGCAGGUCAUUGAGCCCCAGUUCCAGAGAGACUUCAUUUCCCUGCUGCCCAAGGAGCUGGCACUCUAUGUCCUCUCCUUCCUGGAGCCUCGGGACCUGCUCCGUGCUGCCCAGACCUGUCGCUACUGGAGGGUCUUGGCUGAGGACAACCUGCUCUGGAGGGAGAAGUGCCGUGAGGAAGGCAUCGAGGAGCCCCUGAACCUGCGGAAGCGGCGCCUGCUCAGCCCUGGCUUCAUGUACAGCCCCUGGAAAUUCGCCUUCAUGCGGCAGCACAAGAUCGACAUGAACUGGCGCAGCGGGGAGCUCCGAGCCCCCAAGGUGCUGAAGGGACACGACGACCACGUCAUCACCUGCCUGCAGUUCUGUGGCAACCGCAUCGUCAGCGGCUCCGACGACAACACCCUCAAAGUGUGGUCGGCUGUGACAGGGGAGUGUGUGCAGACCCUGGUGGGUCACACCGGUGGUGUGUGGUCAUCACAGAUGAGGGACAGCAUCGUCAUCAGCGGCUCCACGGACCGGACCCUCAAAGUGUGGAACGCGGACACGGGCGAGUGCGUGCACACGCUCUACGGGCACACGUCUACCGUGCGCUGCAUGCACCUGCACGGCAACAGGGUGGUGAGCGGCUCUCGGGACGCGACGCUGCGCCUGUGGGACAUUGAGACAGGGCAGUGCCUGCACGUGCUCAUGGGGCACGUGGCUGCUGUGCGCUGUGUGCAGUAUGAUGGGCACAAGGUGGUGAGCGGUGCUUACGACUACACAGUGAAGGUGUGGGACCCCGAGAGCGAGAGCUGCACCCACACACUGCAGGGACACACGAACCGCGUCUACUCCCUGCAGUUUGAUGGGACGCACAUUGUGAGCGGCUCCCUGGACACAUCCAUCCGUGUAUGGGACGUGGAGAGUGGGAACUGUCUGCACACCCUCAUGGGGCACCAGUCGCUCACCAGCGGCAUGGAGCUGCGGGACAACAUCCUUGUGUCCGGCAACGCCGACUCCACCGUCAAAAUCUGGGACAUCAAGACAGGCCAGUGCCUGCAGACGCUGCAGGGGCCCAGCAAGCACCAGAGCGCCGUGACCUGCCUGCAGUUCAGCUCCAAGUUCGUGGUGACCAGCUCGGACGACGGCACCGUCAAGCUCUGGGACCUGAAGACGGGCGAGUUCGUGCGCAACCUGGUGGCGCUGGAGAGCGGCGGCAGCGGCGGCGUCGUGUGGCGCAUCCGCGCCUCCAACACGAAGCUGGUUUGUGCCGUGGGCAGCCGCAACGGCACCGAGGAGACCAAGCUGUUGGUGCUGGACUUCGAUGUGGACCUCAAGUGAGCCCGGGCAGGCCAGGCCGGUGCCGGGGCCCGCGGGCUGGGCCGGGGCCGGGGCCGGUGCCGGUGGGGCGGGCCCCGCGCAGGCAUCUCCCACCUGAGCCCCCGGGGUGUUAUUUAUAUGUGUGGAGGCCGCGGGGGGCAGCAGCAUGUUUUGUACACACUAAUAUAUCGAUUUAUUUCUGUAA